UAGUUUUAGUUCAUAAAACCACCACUGGUGGAUUUCAAUGUAAUCGUGUAACAUCGGGUGGGAUCGUCAUGCGGCCAUGUUUGAUUUGACGGCCGCUGCGACAUGUUUUCGACAGUCGUCGAUCACCUGUUGGGCGUGCUGGUGCUGGUGCUGGUGCUGCAUCACGUAAUUCAUCCGUGUAUCCCUGUGUGUACCGUGAUCGUCGUUUGUUUUUGCACGGCGUGAUGGAGGAUAGACUGCGUGAAUUGUUUCUGGAACUCGUGUAAUCCAUACAGGCAUGGGUGCGAAGGAUAGCAAGCGCACCUGCCUCGGCUACGACGAUGCCGUCAAACGCAUGUCGGAUGCGGAGUUCAAGAGAGUAUGCGAAGCAUUCAAGCGUCUUACGGGGAAGCCGCUGCUGGUGCAGCAGGCGUUCGUGCAGUAUGUGUUGGGUGAUGGGGUGCCAUCGACGAUUGCUGAUUCGUUGUACACGGCGUGUGGAGGUAGUCCAAAGGGGAUUCAUUUGAGGGAUCUUAUUUGUGGGCUGGUGUUGCUUACGAAAGGGACUAAAGAUGAGAAGAUUAAGUUCUUGUGGAAUUUAUACUCGAACGAUGCAUGUACGCAAAUCACAAAAUCCGACUUCCUGCAAGCUCUGCAAGCCGAAGGAACACUAUCACCACAGCGGAAUGCAUCGAAUCACUAUUGGGAUACGACUCUCCUGAGUCUGUUUGGUAAUGGACAUGAUCGUGUUGGAUACGAGCAGUUUCGUGAUUUCAUUGUGCGCUUUGAGGAUGCUACAGUUCUUUCAAAAUGGCUGUUAACGUCGAAUGGUGUGAGUCUAAGUUCGGAACUGGAGACGCCUACGUUCUACCAGUCAUUGGCAGGCGUUACGCAUUUAGAAGAGUGGGAUAUCUGCGAGUUGGAGAAGUGUUUCUGGUCGUUGCAAGGCACUUCACCGUCGGGGCAAUUGGAUAUCAAUGCGUUUAUGGCUUUGGUUAGCCCGCCGGUGCCGACUAGUGCUUGUACAGGGUUAUUUCUUGCUCUUGAUGUCAACCGUGAUGGACACAUCGACUUCAAAGAACUCUGCUGUGGUAUCUCCGCUGCCUGUCGAGGUCCAGUCGCAGAAAGAACCAAAUUUUGUUUCAAAAUCUUCGACGUUGACCGCGACAACCAACUCGACGCGAAAGAAUACCAACACAUGAUCGAAAUCCUCCUCAUGGUGAUGAAAGAGCACCGCAACGUCGUCUGCAAGAAGAACUCCACCAACGGCACCACCACCCUCGAACGCCGCCUCUCCAACGAGCAAAAGAACGAAAAAUACUGCACCAAAGCCCUCGAAGAACUCCGCACGCAUCUCGACGACAAAGGCUGCUUAUCCCAAGAGGACUUCCUCGUCUGGUGCGUGGAACACAGCGUGAUGGUCGCACCACUCCUCGAACUCCUCUUCCAAGUCUGCCAUGUAUCCCUAGGCCUGCGCCCAAAAUGCCGCCAUCACGAGCACGAAAUCGUCACCGGGUGGCUAGAACGCGAACAACACCGCGGGUAUCGCGUCGGCCAGUUCUGGUACCUCAUCGCCAACGACUGGUGGCAGACGUGGUUCACCCAUACAACCGCACCACGCAACGGGCAUGAUUAUUGCACAUGCAGACCGGAAAUGCGUCUACCUAUAGACCCAGCUGAGGAAAUCGUGUGUGAUGAGAGUUUUACAUCCAACUCUACAGAUUACACCUCACAUUCGAAUGAAUUCACAUCAAACUCCACGGAUUCUAUGGGUGAUCUACUCAGUCGGGGUGAUAGUUGCAGUAUUGCAUCCAGCAGCGGGGUUUCAAGCAGUUCCGGGACACUUACCAAGCGCCUAACACCAGGUCCCAUUGAUAAUAAUGCUUUGGUAUGUGAUCCUAUCUCUGAACAGUUGAAAGUCAUCCCGUUGACUGGUGAAGGAUCACGUCUACGGCGUGAUACACCAUUGGUCCAAGGUAGGGAUUUUGAAUUGAUUCCGGAUUCACUCUGGAAAGCCCUUGCGUUAUGGUAUGGUAGUCCAUUACCCCUCCCAAGACAGGUGAUAAAACCACCGGGGAGUAACGAAAUGGAACUUGAAUUAUACCCGUUGAAUCUGAAGAUAUUCCGACAUCAGAACCAAGGCGGUGUUGGUUUUGCCCAAGGUGGUAGCGCCACUGCUUCCCAGGGUACAUGGGCGACUGUUGGUGGGUAUGGAGCUGCAGCGUUGUCAUCCGCUGGUAUAUCCGCGCAACCCUCAGCACCACGCAGGUUUUUAACUCAUACAGCUGCAUUCAGUCGUUUGUCUAAUAUCAGACAAGUCACGGAGUUUCUAGCUGCGCGUCUGGGUCUGCGCAUGGAAGAUGUCCGCCUGUGGUUGUUAAAAGACAACACACAACCGAUUCUACUCGAGGAAGACGCCGCGACUUUACAGGAUUUAUCUAUUGUUGAUUCUGAUUCUAUUUUAUUGGAGGUUAGGAAUAAGGAUUUAACAUGGCCGGAGGAACUGGGUGCGUUGGCUUGUGGCACGAAUAAUAUGUUAACGGUGCAUGCGAGUUCGGAACGCCGUCCGACGAUUUCACUACCGCCUGGCGCCACUGGUCUGCAUAAUCUAGGCAACACGUGUUUCAUGAACGCGGCGCUGCAAGCGGUGAGUAACACACGGCCAUUAACGCAGUAUUUCCGGCGUGAUGCGCAGCUUUGUGAGUUGAAUUCAACGAAUCCGCUGGGGACAAAGGGACAAGUCGCCAAGCGUUACGCGGAAUUAUGUCGGGAGUUAUGGGCUGGAUCAACACGUUCUGUAGCUCCGUUGAAGCUACGAUGGUGUGUGAGUAAACACGCGCCGAAUCUCGGCGGUGGUGGGCAGCAUGACUCGCAGGAAUUACUCGCGUGGUUGCUGGAUACUCUCCAUGAAGAUUUAAACAGAGUACAUCGUAAGCAAUACACGGAAUUACGCGAUUCCGAUGGCCGACCGGAUGCGAUUGUUGCCGACGAGGCAUGGGCGCAGCAUUUAGCGAGAGAUCAUUCGAUUAUUACGGAUUUAUUCUAUGGGCAGUUGAAGAGUAAGGUUACGUGUCAGACGUGCGGGCAUGAGUCGGUGCGUUUCGAUGCGUUUAAUCUGUUGAGUCUGCCGUUGCCAAUGGAGUCGUAUACGUUGUGUGAGGUGCUUGUGGUAAGACUGGAUGGGGAUAUACCGAUCAAAUAUGGCCUCCGGUUGAAUUCCGAAGCGAGGUAUAUUGAUCUAAAGCAUGAUUUGGAGAAGUUGUCCGGGGUGAAUGCCAAUCGGCUGCUGAUUGCCGAGGUGGCGUACUCGAGGAUUCGGCAGAUGAUGAAGGAUAAUGCCAGGAUUAAUCCUGCCAGCGCCACGGAGUUGUACGCGUAUGAAUUACCUGCGGAGGAUGAGGUUUUCACUUCGGAUGAAAUAGAUGGUGAUGUUACGGCGAUAACAGCUUCCCCAGCGGGUGUGUCCAUCAACGAUGGAGGCGGCACGACGGGUGUAAGCGCUGCGCAUAAUCAAAUGGCGCGCAGUCCAGAGGUAAGAAGCAGGUCGGCAUUAUGCAUGCCCAACAUUCUGUGCUUUAAGAAUGCUCGAGCGAAUAGCAUUGACAUGACCUCGGCGGCGCGACGAUUCUCGAACGGUAUGCAUAUGCGACGACCGUUACAUUCCAAUAUUUACACAGACGUGCCGGUCAAAAGUCCGAGUUAUUUAGUCGCUGUGCAUCGAAAAUGCGUGCGGCAGGAGACGUAUUUCCUGUCGCAGCAUAAAUCCAAACCCAGUCUGUUUGGUGUGCCAUUGUUGUUGGGCUGCACGCCGCACAGCACGUGUCAGAGUAUCUACGAAGCCGUCUGGGAGCAGGUUACUCGACUGUUGAGUCCUCUGCCGCAGAGCGAUCAAACUAAUCAUGCAACUGACUGUGAUGAUUCUGGCUAUGAAUUCCCAUUCGCCCCAGUGUGCGCAGUCCUCGGCGGCCAAAUCUGCGCACUCUGCCACUGGACACAAUUCUGUCGCGGAUGUCGCCUGCCAUGUUCCGACGAACUCCUCUUCGACGUCUGCCGCUCCGGCCAGGCUGUAAUGUGCGUCGCCAUCGACUGGGAUCCCACCGCACUCCACCUGCGCUACCAGUGUUCACGAGAGAAAGUCUGGCGCGAGCAUGAAUCCGUCUCGAUCUGCCGCAAAUUACACACCGAACCAAUCGAUCUGGAUCAUUGCCUCAAAGCGUUCACAUCCGAGGAACGCCUGGAAGCUAAGUACCACUGCAGUAAUUGUAAAGACAAACAACCAGCGACCAAAAAUCCAUGUACGCGCGUAUACGUAUCACCUACUUUAAUUGUCCCUAAACGAUUUGAUUAUGUGAACAACAAACGGGAAACACAAAAAGUCACCAAUUUCCCCAUUCAGGAGUUUGAUCCAACCGGAUAUCUUGCUUCCCCUGUUCCACAAGAGACAAUUCCCUACGCCAUAAGCAGUAUUGCUUUACAAACGGAAAGAAGCUUUUGUUUCUUUCUCUUUAUCUCUUAA